ACUCAUCAGCAUUUCCCACUUCGUCCUUGUCACCUGGAAUGUCUGAUGCUGGUACAUCAUUCCCACCCUCUCCGCCAUGUGGAUCUGCUAGCCCAUCGUUCCCUCCCUUUCCCGGUGACCAUGGGUUUUCACAGUAUCUACAGGAACAACGUACAAGCAGUAUACGAAUGUAUCAUUAAUUUUUAUGUUUAUCCACGCUGUUGUUUCAGGGCGUACACCUUUUAUGCCUGUUCUGCCACGGCUUUCAUCAUCCUACUCUUACCCACCAGCUGUUCACUGUGGCAUGCAGCAGGAUGUUCCUAAUAUUGGGCAGUUAACUACUUGUCUGUUUAAACUUAUGGGGGAAGUGAGGACCAUCAAGAAUGAUUUGAAGAGAGCAAAGAAAAAGAACCCAGGCUUUCUCUCAGUAUGUUUACUCUUUAAACACAAAUGUUAUGGUGUCAUUAUAUACAAUAUGCAG